UGUUGUUCGUCCGGAUACACGUGGUCCUAGUUUUCGUAACAUAUCCCCGAUUCAUUCACCAAAUAUACGUACAAUGAAUUUUACGCAAGUAGUGUAGUUUACAUGAGUCAUCGGCCCUUCUCGGCACUUUCCGUAACGCAAACCUAGAGAACCAAUCGUCAUCCAAUAUUGUCAUCAAAUCGACCAAUCAAAAGGCUCUAACAACACCUCGUGGUCUUUCCAACAUGGCGGAUUUGGAAUUUUAUCACGAUGAUCCAGACGAAAACACAGAUGAUGACUAUGGAUUUGAAAGUAGCUUGGGAGAUGUGGAGGAUAUCACUCCUCUCCAAAGGCUGGAAAAAUAUCUGGACAGUGAUAACAUAUUUAAUCGACAAAUGUUGGCUAGAGGUCUUCUUGACACACUCAGAGCUGUUUAUGAAUCUGAAGACAAUUGUGUGGCUGUAUUGGAUGCUAUGUCUCGCUUAUCAGAAGAUCCUGAACCUUCUGUACGAUCAGAAUUAAUGGAACAAGUUCCACACAUAGCAGUUUAUUGUCAAGAAAAUCGCCAUGCUUUUGACAAUGCUGUUCCUCGAUAUAUUUUACCAAUGGUUGUAAGAUAUCUCAAUGAUUCCAAUAGCCAGGUCCGUAAAACAAGUCAAGCAGCAUUACUGGUUUUAUUGGAGCAAGGACUAGUAGAAAAAUAUGAUAUAGAGAAACAGGUUGUGCACGUUAUUCUUGACUUGGCAUCACCUGAAAGUUUAGAUGAUUAUAGGUCAGAGGCAGCUGCUUUAAUGAGCAAAAUGGCUCCUCUUUUAGGAAAAGAUAUAACUGAAAGACAUUUUCUUCCACGGUUUAGUGAAAUGUGCACUGAUCCACUUUUUCAUGUCAGGAAGGUGUGUGCUGCUAACUUUGGUGAAGUGGCAAUAGUUGUGGGAGUUAAGAAUUGUGAAGACGUGUUGCUUCCCAAAUUUUUUUACUUGUGUGAAGAUGGAGUUUGGGGAGUUAGAAAAGCCUGUGCUGAAUGUUUUAUGACUGUUUCCUGUGCCUGUUCAUUAGAGACACGAAAAAAUGAGCUGGCUAAUCUUUUUGUAAAUUUAUUAUGUGAUCAAUCUAGAUGGGUCCGGAUGUCUGCCUUUCAACAAUUGGGACCAUUUAUUUCAACUUUUGCAGAUGCAGAUAGUACAGGAUUAUUUGUUAAUGAAGAUGGCAGCUUGAGUUUUAAAAAUGUGAACAGCCUUGAUGGUGACUUAGUAGGCCAUGUUACUGGACCUGUUGAUAAUGUAAAUAGAGAUACAGACUUGUCAGGAAUUUUACAGCUAACACCUUUAGAUUCUUCAGUAACAGGGGAUUCUGACCCUGAGUUAUUACAAGACAGUGAUGUUAGUAAUAAUAGUCGAAUGCAGGAUGAAGCUAUGCUUGUUGACAAUGAUGAUAAAGCAGAUAAUGAUUUUGAUGAAAUUGUAAUGGGAAAAGGAAAACUUGUAUUCAAUUUAGAUGGCAAAUCAAUUGAGGAAGUGAGAGCAGAAUCAACUGAAUAUUUAAAUUCUAAGAGAGAUGAUUCUAGUUUAGAAAUAAAUCAUGCCAUAGAUAUUGACAAAGCUCAUUCAGUUCAUUGUGAUAUAAGUAACAGCAACACAAGUGUUAGCCAAAAUAUAGAAAAUAUUUCCACAUUCCCUUCAGAGUCUAGUCGGGUAGAAUUUUCUGAUCACAGUGAAACUAUUUAUAGCUUAAAUAAAACUAAUGAUCUGAUAGCUGGACUUUCAGAUCCCACCAAAUGUGAUAAUCAACAGGAUGCUGCUGGUGAUUCUUCAAAGAAAGAUGGAAGUAAUUUUGUGCCUUAUUCCAAUGAUUCUGAUAGUGUUUUUAUGGAUAAUUCUCAGGAGAACAGUGCUUCUAUUAGAACUUUAGGAUCUGGUGAUGUUCCUUCUGAUAGAGUGCAUGUGCAUUUAGAUAAUAAUUACAAUACCUUUCAAUAUUGGCGAUCACCUCUUCCAGAAGUCAACAUAGAUUUCGAUAUCAUUAAUGGCCAGCCCACAAAUAUUCAUGUUGUGGCCAAAGUGAAAGAUGAAGAUUCCAAAAAAGUCUAUGCUUCAGAGAUGAAUGUUAGUAUAUCUGGCUCAUUGAAGCCCAGAGUAGAUUCUGUGGUGGACUCUUUGUCUGGCUUGUCAUUGCACAACAGUUUGAUCCAGUCCUGUACAAGUUCUUCUUUUGUGACAUCUGAUGUGGAGAAAUCUGGGGUUCGCAUCCAUACAGCCAGUGUGAGCACUGUCAGUGACAUUGCUGAUGAAACAGUUGCACAUUUUGGUAGCACUCAUGUACUUGGUCAACAUUUAGGAGAACAGCAUUUAGCUAUAGUGGAUGGUGUUGUUCAAGAUUUGAGUACUGGAAGCUUAAAUUUCUUGGAUGACUUAACAUCAGUAGAUUUUGGUUUGGAUGAUGCCUCUCUUGCUCAGCAGCAGAGCAUUGUGCCACAAUUGUUGCUUGAGAACUACUUGGGGAUGGUUGAUCCAUCUCGUGCUCAAACUGUUGAUGGGGAAAUAACCAAACAUUGUGCUUACAAUAUUCCUGCUGUGGCAUACACUCUUGGCAAACAAAACUGGCACUGUAUAAAAAAUUUGUAUGAAAGACUUGCUCAAGAUAUGCAGUGGAAAGUUCGACGCACUUUAGCAUUCUCCAUGCAUGAGCUAGCUAUGAUUGUUGGGGAAGAUAUAACACACACAGACUUAGUACCUGUUUUUGAUGGUUUUUUAAAAGAUCUAGAUGAAGUGAGAAUUGGAGUUCUUAAACAUCUAGCUGAUAUUUUUAAAUUAUUUCGACCUGAAGUGCGGUUGCAGUAUUUAUCCAGAACUUCAGAGUUCAUGAAAACUGAUAAUCAAAGAAAUUGGCGAUUUAGAGAAGAACUAGCUGAGCAACUUAUCCUGGUGUGUGAUCUAUUCCAUUGUAUAGAUGUUGUUGCUCAUAUUGUACCCCUUGCAAUGGAGAUGUUAACUGACAAAGUUGCUCAAGUUAGGCUUGUAGCACUUAAACUAAUUUGUGCCAUUUUGAAAAAGACAUAUCAAAAUGAAGAAAAGAAACUUUUAGCAUCUAUAUGCAAUGACAUCAUUGAAAAGUUUGCAUAUGACAAGAGGUGGCUGUGCCGCCAAACAUUUGCUCAACUGUGCUACACAAUAUUAGCAGACAAUAGCCUUCCAGCAGAUAUAUUUUCCAAAAAUUUUUUGCCCAGCUUGCUUGGUUUAAGUACUGAUGCUGUACCCAAUGUCAGACUUUCUUUAGCUAAAGUAAUGUCUCAAAGGAUUAUGCCUCUAGACUACUUCACAUCACACCAAAAUCCCUACCAUGAAGAUUUAGUGCAGACCCAGCAACGAUUACAAUCUGAUGUAGAUAAGGAUGUCAGGUAUUUUGCAAGUCAACAUCCAGGAACUGAACUACCGCUUUCUCUUGAUAUGGUACCAGUUUAAUAGGGCUCAGACUUUUUGGUGACCACCUAAAAUGGGCUGAUUUUGUCAACUGUUACAGCUAAACCACAUUUGAGACUGUUUUAACUCCAGCUGUUUAUAUAUAUGUAUAUUUUAUGUUUAAACUACUAGACUUUUAUACAGAGUUAAUAAACUGUCUACUCGAUUUCAGUAUUUGGCUUAAUUGACUUGUUGAAAAGUAAGGUUCAAGUUGAUGUAUUUUUUUAAAAACAUUUAGUCAACAUUUGUUUUAAAACUGCAGCAUUCUGUUUCUGUUUGACAUGCAAUUUUUGUUUAUUUUGACUUGUUGAACCAUACAUGUGACCAACAGUUGAUUGCAAUUUUUUUUUUUUUUUAAAUAAGAAAAUGAAAUGAUCUUUCCUGCCAGAAAGAAUAUCUGUGAUGACAACUACUGGUAGACAUAAUGUGCCUUAGAUAGGAUUUGAGAAUUCUUUUAUUUCCCAUAGAAAAACCUGAGCAUUUAUAAAGCCUAUUAAAUAAGUUUGUUUUGUAUACACAUUUUUUGCACAAUGAAUGCCCAUUUUUAAAUUUGACAUUCUACCCCAUCUUCAUAAUCACGUUUGUUCUAAGCCUUCAUGAAAUCUUUAAAAUAUUGUUAUUUUUUAGCAUUAUAAUUUAUUAUAUUGUUUUCUGAUAUAUUUCUAUUCUAAAAUGUAGGCAUUAAAAUGUAUUUUUUCAUAUUACAAAGAAUCACAAUUUUAAUAUGUUAGCCUUUUUUUUUUUUUUUUUUUUUUUUUUCGUUUAAAGCCAAAUAAUGAAGCAUUAAUACAGUUUAAAAAAAACAUGGCACUAAGAAAAUAUUAUUAGGUUUUGUUGUGGUUACUUUUUUUUAAAAAAAGAAAGCAAAAUUGAUGUCUAGAAGUUAGGUUUACAACACUUAUUAAAAGUGUGUUUCUAAUUCAAUAGUUCAAAUACAAAAACGUGGCUAGUGUAUGAAUAAUGAAGUGUAAAGCUGAAUGUUAUGUUCACUUGGAACCACUUCAAGUGUUUGGGCAAAAUUUUAGCUAAUGAGCACUAUCUAUGCAGUGUUUUCUGACUUGUAUCAAAAAUGUGUGUAUACAAUCUUAUUUUAUGUUGUCUGACUAGUAAUACUCCAAAUGUACAAACCUGUCUUUGUUCUUGUAAUUAAAUAUUUAAGUUUUAUCCCCAACUAUAUCAAAUACAUUUUGAUUUUUUCUAUAAAUACACUUUUAUUUUUAGACUAAUUUGGUUUAUCCUUUGAUGUUUUAAUCAAAUCAAUUUAAUACUAGAGCUCAUUGGGAGAGCAUGUAGAAUCAAUUCUCUGAUAUUCAAGUCAUCUUUACUUUCUGUUUAUAAAUAUAUAUAUAUGUAUAUAUAUAUAUAUAAUGAAAAUCUAUGUAUUACUAAAUGCUUAUAAACAAGUCUAUAUUCCUAAGGUGAUUUGUGGGUUUUAACAUCAGGUGUAUAUACAGUACAUAAAGUAAAUGUGUACCUCAUUAUCCAAGGUUUGUUGCAUAUCCCAAUUAUAAAUUGGAAAUGUGGGUCAUGAAGAAGAAUUUGGAAGUUAUAGAUGAAUGUUCUUUUGAUUAGAAUUAAAGAUCUUAGUUUUAGAAUGGCAAAUCUAACUUAAAAGCUUGCUUGUGUAAUUAGUUGAAGAGAUGUAGCCAAGUAGUAGGUUUACCUAUUUAGUGUAUAUGCUAAUUUGAUUGCAAAGUUAUCUUGGUUCAGUUGACUAGAUUUUAAGUCUUGUCUUCUAGAGAUUGAAAAGAACAGAUCUAUAAAAUAUGUUGUCUUUCAUUUGUGUCUUUCUUGUACAUUCUGUAUGACAAUCAACAUCUCCAUUUGGAGAAGUUGAAUCUGGCAGACAUACGUUUGCCGUAUCACCGCUGCAAUACUAAUCUCAUCUUUUCUUAUUUCAUCAUAAUAGUCUAUUUAUUAUGUGUAGUGUAGACUACUGAUUUCUAUUAGCCACCCCCAUGGAAAACAAGUCAUUGAGUUCUGUUUGUUAUUUAGCAAAGAAUGUGUCUGCAUAUUGCAUUCUAUUUAUGAAUCAAGUGAAGGAGAAAUAAAAGUACACUGUAACA